AUGAAGACGGAUCGUUUAAUCACACUUCUAGUGCUUGCUUUGAUGGCUGUCACGUGUGGUUUUCUUCUUUUGAAUGCCAGGAAGAGGGGAGGGCUGGAGGAGAAUCCACCGUGGAAAAGCUUAUCUUUUACGACGAAUUAUGCAUCAGCGUAUUUGGGAGCCACACUGACCGAUUUUAGCCGUGCAUGCAAGGGCGCAUCGUCCGUACUCAAUGAGGACAAGACGAAGUACAUGAUAUGCAACUGCGAGGCCUCCAGGAAGCUGUUUACUGUCCAGCUUAUCCGGGAGAUCGAGGUGCGCAGUGUCAUGUUGGUUAAUUUGGAACACUUCAGCUCGGGUGUGAAGAAGUUCAUGCUGCUUGGCAGUAAAAAGUACCCCACAAGCGAGUGGCGUGUCCUCGGGGAAUUCGAGGCCAGUCCAUGGCGCGGGACGCAACACUUUGACGUGCCCACGCAGGAACCGGUGCGUUUUCUGCGUUUUUUGUGGGUAACUUCCCAUGGCGACGACUCGUGGUGCACGCUGACGGUUUUCAAGGUGUUUGGUGUGGACGUUCUGGAAACAUUGACGGAAGACUACGGCGGGGACUUGGAUAAUUUGCUGCACAGCUUACCAGAGAAGGCGCUACCAGCUCCGCCGGUUGUUGUUAAGCCAUCACCGCCUUUUUUCACAGAAGUUGAUGCGCGUACCGACAAAGCAGCGGACUGGUUGCAUCCCCUUAAAGAAAAAGAGAAGUUAAACGGAGGCGCAGAAAUUGAGAAUUUGUUCCGGCAGGUGGAUGCCAUCAUUGCUGUUGGCUCCAACAGCAGCGGCAGCGGAGGCACGGAUGACAUGUGCACGGACGGGGAUUCCUCAGGUUGCUGCGACCAUAAUGAAGUAGUGGAGAAUAAUUCUACGACAUGUACGCUGCAUGAAAAAGAGGCGCAUUUGUCCCGUUCGAGGUGCAAAUGUUUUUCGAGGACGAAUCUGUUCAGCAGGAUGGCGCUGUCGCCCAGGCCGUUCCAAGGCGGGGCAGCAUUGCAGAUUAUCAUGCAGAUGAGCAAACAUCUUAAGGUUUUGCAGCAGGAGCUGGAGGAGACUUUUGCUCGGCAGCGAGAUACGGAGAGAAGACUCGAGAAGGCCGAGACGGCGCUUGGGAAUGUUGGAAAAAAUUUUCGCGAUGCGUUGCGGCUUUCCUGCAAUUACCGUGAGAGGCUAAUUGAUAUGAAGAAGGAGAUGGACGUGAUGAAUUCCCGCCUUUUAAUUGCACUGGAAUCAAUCAAUCAAAAAGGCAGUGAUGUUACCUUGAGGAUAUGGGUGGUGUGCUUCAAUGUGGUGGCACUUAUUGCUCUUUUUGCUAGCUGUGUUGCGCCCUAUUCAAGCAUCUCCAGCAGGGCCCGGCGUUUUACACAGCGUGGGUAG